CAUUUCAUUACCGUUAGAAAAAGAAAGUCCGAAAGCCAAUCUCUCUGCUACUCUCCUGAACCGGUUUUCAAGUAUCGACCUUUCUUCCCCAACUUUGUUCUUCCCCUGCUUUCCUGUUUCAUGCAGCUCUUCUUUCUGGAUUUCCCUGCGUUUGUUUUGAGUUCUCUAGUCGCCUCCAUCUUUAGCCACUCUUCCUUGUCUGGUUCUCCUUAGUCUCUGCUGUCUUGUUAGUAGUCGCCCCAAUACCAUUCCUUUCCCGGCGGCUCUUCUUGCUCGGUGGUUGAGGCAGAGGGUUCCAUGGAUGGAUUUGCAGCUUGUGGUGGGUUAGCAGAUUCUUUACUAUGGUUGCAUGAUGAUUUCAACCCCCAGCAAUACAACAAUUCAGUUUCUAUCGAUGCUCAGCCAUCAAGUUAUGUUGGGAGUCCAAUAUCAGCUAAGCGAAAAGUGAGAGAGAUAGAACGAAGAGUUACAUGGAGCGGUUCGUCAGAACCAUCAAAUGAGGACGAAGAAGAUGCUGAGACAGAAGCAGGACCUUCUGAGCAGAGCACUAACCCUGCUGUUGAUGUCAAACGUGUUAGAAGGAUGGUUUCCAACCGGGAGUCUGCUAGACGAUCGCGAAGAAGGAAACAAGCUCAUUUGGCUGAACUGGAAUCGCAGGUAGAACAACUGAUAGGAGAAAAUGCAGCUAUGUACAAACAGCUUUCCGAAGCUACUCAACAGUAUCGUGAUGCUGAUACGAGUCAUCAGGUGCUGAAAUCGGAUGUUGAAGCCUUGAGAGCCAAGGUUAAGUUGGCUGAAGACAUGGUAGCUCGUGGAACGUUUAGCAGUACCAUGAACAGUCUCCAUCCAAACAACCCACCUGCUGCAACACCUCAGCUUCUGAACACUCCCGACCUUCAUCCUCCUCGAAUGGCAAACGUGUCGCCAACCAUUACAGUACAAGGAGAUGAGAUAUCUUACGACGGACUCAAGAUUCCAGCACAGAAUUCUGGACUCGGGAUGGGGAUUAACAACGUCGACCUCAGCAAUGGAAGUAUCAACAACGCUGUUCUUAACGAGGUUGUCAGCUGUGUAUCAACAGAUAUCUGGCCUUGAACCAGGUUCCUUCAAAUCACCAUCUUCUGACAAUGUACAGUCUGGUAAAUUGGUGAUCUGUUGUUAUGGAUCACAUUCGAAUAAGUGCCUCCGUGCAGUUUCUAAUUUUAUGAGAACGAUGGACUUAUUAUUGCAAAAGGAAUUAUACAAUUUGGGGACAUGAGUAGAAAUGUAGAACUUAAAGGUAUCAUCAUCAUUAUUAGUCUUACAAAUCGAGUAGAGCGAAAUAAAAACUACUUAAAAUCGACAUAAAUUCGAGUAGCAAGACAUAACAACAACGAACAAAUGAAUGAAUGGUACAAAACCCGACUAUGGUCCUAACGCCCUUCGAGGUUAGGAUCGUAGCCCGGUUCGAAUGGGGUGUUCAUGACGAGGAGGGCACCAUCAUCAUGAGCUGAAACUCAUUGAAAUCAACCUUACCAUCCGAGUUCAAAUCCACACACUUGAGCAUGGCGUUGAAGUCAGAGAGAUCCCAGCUGCUGCCUCGAUCCAGACCCAAGCAAUGCAGGACUCGCUUCAGCUCGUCUGGCUCGAUGAACCCAUUCCCGUCCUGGUCGAAUAUCCUGAACGCAUCUCUCAGCAACGACGAACAAUACACAUCGCUCAGCACUUCCUCCACUCCGACCUCUCCUCCUUCUUCAUCUCCUUCUUCCUCCUCCCCUGCAACGAGGCCAAGGUUCUCGACCACCUCGCGAGCCUUGACCUUGUCGAUCUUCCCGUUGUUGGCCAUCCCAAACACCGCGGUCAGCGCCCUCAUCAUCACCUCGUCUUCCUCGUGAUCAUGUCCUUUCCUGGCCUGCUUCUGCUCCCCUGGAGCAUCCUUCUGUUCCUCGUUGUGGCGGCGGCGGCGGGAGGCUACCAUGUUCUGCAGGAUGUCUCCCACCAACCUGGAGCAAACUCCAGUGAUGCUGCUGAUCCCUAUCGUCAUUUCUUCUACGCUGAAUUCACUCUACUUACUGACACUGUCAAAUGUCAACUCUUUAUCUUUUUGUGGGUUU